UUCUGUUCUAAAAAAAAGAGGCUCUGUGGAGAAACGAGCAAAUCCUCGACUCUGCAAAGCUUCAGAACUUUUGCAGCUUUUGUCAGUGUCAGUCGCGCCACUAACGCGUCCGCAGAGAGCCCGCGUUAAAAACAUCUCUGUGCACAAGUUACACCCGAGUCUACACAUGGUACGGAUGCUACAAGUUCUAACCGACAUCGCCGAGGCUUCUUCUGCAUCAACGCACCGAGUUUGGAGACACUGUACGCUGUGAGACCGCGGGGGUUCAUGUACUGGAAAAAUGAAGUUCUGUCCCCUCUCUCAGAGGGCAAUAAGAUUCUAUCCGAGGGAAUUCCCACGAAACAGGUGAUCUGCACGGAGCAUCAGAGUACACCGGGAGGCUCGCGCAGCAGUGUGGACUCGAAACACACUCCAAUGUCUCACUCGGACGGAGAGUCGCAGCGGUCCAACAUGGAACGGGAGGACACGCGCUCGUCUCCCAGCACCCCGUCCACUCCCUCUGUGUGCUCGCCGACCUCUACCACCAGCUCGGUGCCCUCCACGGGGAAGAACGUGUGCGCCAGCUGCGGGCAGGAGAUCCUGGACAGAUACCUGCUGAAGGUGAACAACCUGAUCUGGCACGUGCGCUGUCUGGAGUGUUCCGUCUGCAGGACGUCGCUACGUCAGCACAGCAGCUGCUACAUCAAGAACAAAGAGAUCUUCUGUAAAAUGGAUUAUUUCAGUAGGUUUGGUACUAAGUGUGCCCGCUGUGGGCGGCAGAUAUAUGCCAGUGACUGGGUGCGGCGUGCCAGAGGAAAUGCAUACCACUUAGCAUGUUUUGCAUGCUACUCGUGUAAGAGGCAGUUGUCGACCGGAGAGGAGUUUGGCUUGGUGGAGGACAAGGUUCUGUGUAGGAUCCACUAUGAUACCAUGGUGGAGAACCUCAAACGAGCUGCAGAGAGUGGCAAUGGUAUCACAUUAGAAGGAGCAGUCCCUACAGAACAAGACAGUCAACCUAAACCGGCUAAAAGGGCACGGACAUCCUUCACUGCAGAACAGCUACAGAUCAUGCAGGCUCAGUUUGCCCAGGACAACAAUCCAGACGCCCAGACAUUACAGAAACUAGCCGACAUGACGGGCCUCAGCAGGAGAGUUAUUCAGGUAUGGUUUCAAAACUGCAGAGCAAGACACAAAAAGCACACGCCCCAGCACGGUGGGCCCCCCCAGGGUCAUCCUCAGUCCAGGAUCCCCUCAUCUUUGCCUGAUGAGCUGCAUUACUCCCCCUUUGGCAGCCCUGAGCGGGCACGCAUGGUAGCUCUGCACGGGUACAUCGACAGUCAUCCGUUCUCUGUGCUGACCUCUCAGGGUCUCCCUCACCAGGCCAUGUCGCUGUCCCAGCUCCCCCUCAGCCGCUAGCACUUCACUACUUUGACCCUGAAGACCCCUAAGUUUCUGGAUCUUGGACCUGCCUCAGAGGUCACACGGGAGUCAGCUUGACAAAAAGACACAUCUUACAGGAGCACAGACUAUUUGGAAACAGCAAAAGACUUGGAAAAAACAAGAUACAUCCAUUCCUUCUGUUUUUUUUCUCUCUCCUUCUGAGGACAGGAAUAUCCAUCCUGCAGCCACUCUAUCAAAAAUGAGAAUGAAGCUGCCACUAGCAGGAACUCUCUGACUGUAUUUUACACUACCUUGAGGACUCGUUUUGCAUCACAUGUACAGCAUCCUCCAUUCUACUCAUAGAUCCUCCAACUUGAAGGUGGAGGGAGUUUUAAAUGACUGAUACUGAAGACAAAGAGGGGGAAAUUAUAAGAGGAACUGUCACUGUGCCAGGCACACAGUAGGCCGCAUUAGAGGUAAGACUCCGCCCUCUUUUCUCUCUGAGCAACCAUGAAGGAAACCUACAUGUAAAUGAAAUAUGUUGACUGUUGAAAUACUCUCUUUAGGAAUGACGUAGUGACUGAAUUACAUCUUAAAAUUCCCAGAUACACUCUUGGUCCACUUAAAUGAGUUUAAAAAUUUUUGUAAGAGAAUGAAAAUAUUGUGUGCCUUAUCUUUUCCAUUAGAAAUAUCAAAUUUAGCUGUUUAUGAAAUUAAAAGUCCAGGCUGAAAUUCUUACUUUGUGAAUAUUUUACAUUUCUCUGAUUAUUAAAAAACGAUUACUGGGCUUUUGAAUCCGCUAUUUGGGAGAAAAUCACAUUUUAUUUCCUCAAAAAGCAUUUGGUUUGUGAUGAAGGAAGGGCACAAUGCCAUAGCAUUUGUAUCAUUAUAUAAAUGCUGUACCAUUAGAGGCAGCUGUUAAUAGGUUUGAAGCGGCCACAAUCCCGCUUAACUCAUACAAAUAGAGGGAAGUCUGAGAUGUGUCUUCUAGUCAUUUCUUUCAAAAUCCCAAAUGUUAAAAGUUACAUAUUUUCAUAUCUCCAAAUAAUUGUAUUGUCACUAAUUUAUAAUUUCUACGGUUGUUUGUUCAGCCCCCUGUGUGUUUGCGUGUGUGUGCGCUUGUGUGUGUGUGUGUGUGUGUGUGUGUGUGUGUGUGUGUGUGUGUGUGUGCGCGUGUCCCUUAUGCCAGCAGAAAAAUUUGAGUGUUGGUGUAUUGGUACAAUAUCAAACAGACUGGGGUUGUACAUGUGUGAGUUUUUCAGUGUGUGUGUGUGUGUGUGUGUGUGUGUGUGUGUGUGUGUGUGUGUGUGUGUGUGUGUGUGUGUGUGUGUGUGUGUGUGUGUGUGUGUGUGUGUGUAUGUGUGUUCUGGCAGGGGUAGAGAGUGUUUAUCUGUAUUUUAGUGCCAUGGCCAUUGUGUGAAGAACAGGAUCCAUCAAGACCUCAAUGUCCUUGUAUUUAUUGAGAUGGUUAAUCCCUGUAAAGCACUUUUCCCUUCUGAAAUGGUUUUGUUUGUUAAAAAAAAAACUUUGAAUGAAAUGAAACAAAAAUUUUAUU